AUGAGUAGCUCGUCCCCAAGCCUGCAAUCCUGCCUCGCUUCUGCAAAGGCAAAAAAACAAGAGCUCGAGACGGCGGCAGAUACAAACAGCCCCGCGUUCCAAGAAGAUCUCAGCAAAGCUAUAUCUGCCUUUGAGCAGUGCCAGAGGCUCAUACAGCAGCUAUCGUUGUUCAGUCCCAAUGAAUCAGCGGAGGACAUAACUACCGGAGAUUUACAAUUUUUGACAGUCUCAUACCUACUCGCCGAACUGCUCCAACGGUCUUACGGUACGGAUCGCCUUAAAACACUCCAGCAGACGCGAGACGAAUAUGAAAAGUUUCUUGAAGCACUAGACCAGUAUGAGCUUCUCUCGCCUUCAAAUAAGAAGCUCUACGAACAGUACCUUGAACAGCCAGAGUCGUUCAGCCUGACUCCUACCAAUGAUGCAUCAGCUCGCAGACAAGUGAAAAUAGCGAGAUUCAAGGAAGAGAAGGAGCUUAAGCAGAAAUUGGAGGUUGGUUUGUUCUCAGCUAUCUGUGUAUUAUUCAAGGAACACGACAGGCGGGAUUCGAGUCACAACGACGAUGACAUAGUACGGCAGGUGUACCUUGCGGAAAUCAAUUUUUACACGCACCAAACUUUCCAAUCCCUGGAUAUGCUUGCGCAAGAACUAUCCAUGCUUAAAGCGGCUCAAUCACUUCCCGCAGUUCAGAGAACAGACGAACGUAAACCAGGGCUCUCAGACAGGAAGGAUACCGGAUAUUCCGACCGUCUUGACACGGUUGGUUCGCAGAUGGGCCGUGGUCGGUAUAGCGGGGUGCUGCUGAGCCCAGACGGUAAACCACUGCAGCCGUUUACCUUGACGAGUCGGAGAACCGAUAUUCAAAGGGGUGUAUUCCGACCAGGACAUAAUCUCCCUACGAUGAGCAUCGAUGAGUACUUGGAAGAGGAGAGGAGACGGGGUGGUAUUAUUGAAGGCGGCGGUGAAAAGUCGGGUAUCCCAAAGGAGAUUGACGAGGAUGAUUUUGAAAAGGCUGAUGAGGAGACUCUUAAGGCGAGGGCCUGGGAUGAGUUUACAGAGGCUAAUCCCAGGGGUUCUGGAAAUACUUUGAAUCGGGGCUAG